CGAAUUUUCUGUCACCACUUAAACCCCCAGACCCCAAAAAGUCAAAACAAUAAAAUUUUUUUUUGUGUUUCGGUCUCUGGGAAAAUUGAACACGAAACUCCACGUUCAAAGGCGGCAGCCUGCUUGCCUACGUGUGCGUGUGUGUAUGCGCGAUGUGAAACCAAUAAACAAAUUCGAACAAAAAAGAGUUAGACAAAUAAAAGCAACAAACAAACGUCAAAGAAAUAUCACACACUGCUCCGCACCGACACCCACUCAGAAAAAGCUUAAAGACAUUCCAAAAAAAGGUAGCCAGCAGCAGCGAGAGAUAAAAAAAAGAAAACGAAAAACAUUAAGCAGUAGGCAGCCGUCGAUUCAGGGCAGGCAAUAAACACACCAUCAGCCGGAAAUUGGCGAAAUCACUCUGGAGGAUCUGGAGCCGCAGGAUAUGGAAGUUGAUGCGCCAAUAGCGCAGCACAACAGCGACAAUCAUCAUCAACAUCAGCACCAGAUCUCGCCUAGCGCCUACAAUUCGGAGUCAUCAAUGAAUUUCGAUUACUUGCAAGGCCUCCGAGCUGGCGCCAUGUCCGCCUCCUCAUCCCCAGCAGGAUCGGUUGGUGGGAAUGGUGGCAACAGCGGCUCCUAUGGACUGGUCGACGACAGUAGAGCAUUGGACAGACCAUAUAACGGCAGCGAGAGGUUUGUCAAUAUACUGGAUCAGUUGGAUGCCCGUGUGGAGAAGCUGCGCAAAGAUGCACUCAACUUGCAAGAGAAGAAAGACUAUCUGCUGAUGUCCAUGGAUUUGAUUAAGAGUAAUGAAAUGAUGCAGAAUAUGACCGAAGGUGAACGUGAGGAGAUCAUGUUGUACAUACAGCGAGUCAACUCACGCCUGGGCACUGUGGAGCUAAAUGUACGCACUGUGCGCGACAAUUCCCAAGAGGAUUCACUUAGCCAGAUUAAUGCUUUAAUCGAUACCAUGAUCAAAAUGGGCGAUCCCGUCAUAGCACGCCAGCGUUGCCAAUUGUACUUGAAUGCCUGCUGCAGCAACUCAAUGGAUACAUCUGGACACAUGGACACUGUGCCCGAGGCCGAUAUGGGUCCCAUUGACAAGAAGUUUGAGAGCGUUCUCCUCGGCUGCACCCUGGACGAUCAGAAGAAUAUUAAAAAGCGGUUGCAGGCCUUGAUGGGUUAUUUGAAUAAGCAAACUGUUAGCCAUUAGUUUAAUUUGUUUUUUUAUGUGGAACAUAAACUAUACAUAGAAAUUAUUAUCAAAACCAAAACGAACGAGAACGAAUUACACAUCACCAAGCCAGACGAAACGAAUAAUAAUAAACAAGAUGAUAAUA